AUGAAACGAUCCCUUGACGGCGGAGAGUUUGACUGCCCGCCGCAUGGAUGCAGCGACGCGAACAAGAAGAUCCGGCAAGGAGAAGGGAAAAUAGAAAAAGUAGAUCUGACGCCCAAGAACGUUGAAGCCGUGCUACUGGACGAGAAUCUACUCUACGAGGUUCUGCGGCACGUCGACGACGGCCGGACUCUGGCCAAGGCAGCAUGCGUCAGCCGGCAAUGGCGGAGGACGGCGCAAGACGACCGGCUGUGGGAGCUGAUCUGCACUAGGCACUACCAUCGGAGCCCUAUGCAGCUGCGCGCAGUCGUUUUGGCGCUUGGCGGCUUCCGACGGCUGUACUCGACCCAUCUAUGGCCGUUGUUGAAGCCUGCUGCGCCUUCCCCUUCAGCACCGCCGGCGUCGUCUGCGUGGCCCGGCCUGCCUCCGGCUCCGGCGCCGCCAACGAGGGCGGGGAAGUCUAAGGCUCGGUGGGGAAAGGAUGAGGUGAACCUUUCAUUGUCCUUGCUAUCGAUUAAAUGCUUUGAGAAAAUGGGCUUCAAUAAUCCAAGCAAAUAA